AUCAUUUUCCAAUAACAAUAUUAUUCUUGUUGCUGUUAAAUAACAAAAGAACAAUGUGGUUUGUGAUAAUUCUGGCGAUAGCAAUUACAAUAAAAAUUCUGCACAACUGGCGACGAUCAUCAAAGUUUCCUCCAGGACCUCGCGGUCUGCCGAUCAUAGGAAACAUAUUCGACGUGAAACGUCUGGUCAAUGAGACAAAGUUUUAUUCUCAUGCUUGGUGUCGUCUAGCCGACAUUUACGGUCCCGUCGUUGGCUUAAAACUCGGCAUAGCCGAACCGCUGAUCAUUGUUUCCGGUAGGGAUGCUGUGGUUGAAAUGAUGGGUCGAUCUGAAUUUGACGGUAGGCCCGAUGGAUUUAAGUUUAGACAUCGAACAGGAGGUGAGCGAAGAGGUAUAAUAUUUACGGAUGGCGAUAUUUGGCGAGAUCAAAAAAGAUUUGUUCUGCGAACAUUAAAAGAGUUUGGAUUUGGAAAAAUGGCGAUGGAAGAUAUAAUAUUAAACGAUGCAGUUUCUUUAACCAAUACAAUAGAAUCGCUGGCUAAAUUAGGACCCAUUGCAAACUUACACAAUAUUACCUCCAUACCAAUCCUUAACACUUUAUGGACGUUAGUCGCUGGAUCAAGAUUCGACCUGGACAAGGAGAAUCCAAAAUUAAGAGAAAUUAUAUCAGUGGUAAACGAUCUUUUCAGAAACACCAAUGUCACUGGCGGUAUAUUGAACCAUUUGCCUUUUUUAAGACACAUCAUGCCAAAUUUUACCGGAUUUACCGCACUAAAUCAGAGACUGACGCGAAUGUCACAAUUCUUUAGGAGGGAAAUAGCGACGCAUAAACAAACUAGAACGCACGGCGAAUUUAGAGACUUUAUCGAUGUUUACCUAGCGGAAAUGGAGCAAUCAAAAUCGAAUAUAUCGUGUUUCAAUGAGCAGCAAUUAAUUAACGUCCUGAAAGAUCUCUUUGAAGCCGGUGUAGAAACGACGAACAACACAAUUGGUUUUAUAAUAACAUAUCUUGCAGUAAGGCAGGACGUUCAAGAAAAGGUGCACGAGGAAAUUGAAAGAGUGCUGGGCAAGGAAGUUCUACCUCGUAUAGCGUACAGAAAUCGAUUACCGUACUUGAAUGCAACGAUAGCGGAGGUAUUGAGACUAGCGAAUGUCGGCCCUACUUCAAUUCCUCAUCGAGCAAUGACUGACACUACUCUGCUCGGCUAUGAAAUAAAAAAGAACUAUAUCUUGUUGGCUAAUUUUAGAAGCGUCCAUAUGGACGAGAAGCAUUGGGGUGAUCCAAAAGAGUUUCGGCCUGAAAGAUUUAUUAACGAUAAAGGAGAAUACGUCGAGGAUCCCUGGUUACUAUCAUUUGGCUUAGGUCGUAGAAAGUGUUUGGGCGAGAUCUUGGCAAGAAACAAUGUAUUUCUGUUCACUGCGUGUCUGCUGCAGAGAUUUCAGUUUACGUUACCUCCGGAACAUCCUAAUCCGAUUUUAGACGGUGUCGACGGCUUUACGGUUGCACCACCUAAUAUAUGUAUUAAUGUUAUCAAAAGAAAAUGAC